ACCGUCAAAGUUUUGCUUUCCUUAUCAAUCGCAAAGAAAAGUGAAAGUUGACAGAGAAUCCGAAAAAUUUGAAAAUUGAACUUUUACUUUUGUGAACUUUCAAAUAUUUUUGUUUAUCGUUAAUUUAUUGAGUUGCUUUGCUAUUUUUAAUUACUGGGUUAUUCAAGAGUAUAAAUUGUCCAGUUUUCGCUAUCAUGAAUCUCUCUCAGGUGUAUUAAUUAGCUUAAAAUCUUCAAAGUUUAAUUUGACCAUGCAUUUUAAAAAUUUAUUACGAACUUUAAAUCUCAUCAAAGUAUCAACCACUUGUCCUAAACGAUGGUGUCAAUCUCAAACCCUGGAACGAAAUCCUGCAGCGGACUUCACUGGGACCAUGUCAGCCUGGCAGUUGACGAAUUACGGCGAUGAAAGUAACCUAGUAUUGACGGAAAAUGUUGAAAUUCCAAUCAUAACUGAUCCGAAUCAGGUGUUGGUUAAAGUAUCAGCGGCUUCAGUAAAUCCUCUUGAUGUGGAAAUGAUGCGUGGAUUUGGCUCCGUUUUAUUGAGCAACAUGCGUCAGAUUAGUUCGCUUUGUCAGGAUCAGUCCACCUCCGAAACUCCGUUGAUAUUGGGCAGAGAUUUCGCUGGUACUGUGGUAGCCAAAGGAAAUUCAGCCACAAAAUUUGAAAUUGGAGACGAAGUUUUUGGGGUGGUGAAGCCUCAUGAUCAAGGAUGCCAUUCAGAGUAUACAGUAACUUCAGAAUCAUUGGUGGCCAAGAAACCGGAUUUCUUAUCGAUGGAACAAGCAAGUGGUAUAUUGUAUACAGCUCUAACAGCUUGGAGUGCUUUGAAAAUAUCAGGAAAUUUUAUCGUAGUGUCUCCCAAAGAUAAACGUAUUUUGGUAUUGGGUGCAUCCGGUGGCGUAGGAAGUGUUGCUGUUCAAAUGUUGAAUGCAUGGGGAGCACAGGUCGUUGCUACCUGUCGCUCAGAUGCUGUCUCUUUGGUAGAAACUUUCUCACCUCAAGUUAUUCUGGAUUACACGUCUCCAACUUACCAAUCAAGCGUAGAAUCCGCUGGAAAAUAUGAUGUAAUUUUGGACGCAGCUGGUAUUGGCGAAAAAGAACUUGAAGCGUACGUACCGCAUGUGAAUCCAGGAGGAUCAUUAAUUACUCUCAGGUCGCCGUUGUUGAAUAACAUUGAUACUUAUGGAUUACUCUGUGGCACGGUAAAGAGUGCUAUCGAUUUAGCCGUUCCUAAUCUUACCUCCGGCGUUUUCAAGAAAGGUAGCCUCAUAAAAUGGGGCUUUUUCAUGCCACUCGCUACAGCAGUCGAAGAAAUAUCUGAACUUGUCAACAAAAAUAAAAUAACUCCUCCUAUCGAAAAAACAUAUCCAUUUUCAUCAGUACCCGAGGCAUACUCAAGAAUGAAAGCUGGUCAUUUACGAGGAAAAAUAGUAAUUUCUUUAGACAAGAAAAAAUCCAGCGAGUGAAAACAGAUGUUCAGAAAAUUAAUAAUUGAAGAUUUCAUUGCUUUAGCCUCUUAUGGUUAAUAAGAUUUGUGUGUAACGAAUUGUUAUUAGUUUUUUACCAGUGUUGUUAGAACAAGUAAAACUCAAAUGUGCAAUAUUUCUACAUCAUUGUGAUUUUACUUCGUAGUAUAAAAUUAUAUACUAUCGUGCCUAUAUACCUAAGAAAUUUUCAUGUUUUCCGUACAACUCAAAUGUUUGAAGUAUAUUUCGCGUGUGGUGCUAAUAAUUAUAAUAUUACGUAUUAAUGACGUUUUACUAAAUAACGUUUCGAAUAAGUGCGAAUGCAAUCGAACAUUUAUUUACGAACUAAAUAUCCGAUUAAAAUCAAAAUCUUACACAUAUACGUAUAUUCAUUACAAAUAAUGUAAUUAAGUCUAGAUAAUGCGUUCAGUAUUGUAAGCAUCAUUUCUAGAUAGUAGGUACCAUGUUUAUAGAAAAGAUGAACGAUUAUUAUCGAAACGACAAUAAAAAUACGCACAGUAAGAAACGA